AUGAACGUUGAUAGGUCUGCAAACCUUGGGGUGGUUAGGCUUCGGAAGAUUUGGUGUGAGUUUGCUUCCCAUGAUCUUCAUAGGAUGCCUCAUGCUGCGUUUACAAUAGCAUUGAUAUAUUCUGAAUGUCGUUCAUCAAUGUGCUUGCGUCACUGGCACUUUGAGGCCACACUUGCGGCCAUAAUUACUACGUCUCCCGAGAAAGAAAGCGAAACGAGUCAAGCAUAUGAUUCACCGGAUCACACGGAGAACGAGGACAUUGUCAACAGAUGCAAACACUUUAACCUGAACCGCCCAGGCCCAACCCCUUCAAACAAGGAGACCUCGGCGUGGGAGCUGGCACGGCCUCGCGCCCUGGCCGGCGGACGAAGGCGUCCUGGAUUCGUUUGGGAGACCUUAGAUGGCCUCGACUUCACCUUCGGGCCCUUUAAUUUCCAACAGGCCAACCUCGCCGUGUUUGAGGAGAUCCUCCGCAACAUGAAGAGUUUCGUCACGGGGAGUGAGCUCGUGGAGGAGCCUUUGCGUCUGCUGGAGCUUCACUCCGGAGUAGGUGUGAUCGGCCUGAGUCUUGCACACGCUUUGGCGACCAGCCGUGGCUGGGCUUCUGUUGCUCUCCUCAGCUCGGAUGAGAACCCGAAAUGUGCAGCACCCUUCGCUGCCAAUGCCCGCAACAUCGUCCCGGACCUCGAAGUCGUGAGCGAGGACUGCAGCUUCAGACAAACUGUCAGCUUCUCUCCGCUCGCUGCGGACGAAGUUCUGCAGCGGCUCGCCGAUGCCGACAGAGGCCCGCACAUUCUGGUGGUGGAUCCGCCCCGCACUGGCCUAGCUCCGAGGGGCCGCAAGAAGGACGACGCCUGCGUGAGCUUGAUACGCUCCAUGCCCGACCUCAACUUGCUCAUCUACAUGAGCUGUGGGCACAGCUCCUUCCGAAAGGACGCCCUUCAGCUCACGGCUUGUGGUGAGGAGGCUGGAGACUCGGGCGCGGGCCAGCCCUUCAAGCUCAUCGACGUCAAGUGCUACGACAUGUUCCCUUUCACGUCCCACAUCGAGACUGUGGGCCUUUUCGUGAGAAGGAAGGAUGAGUGCGCGAGGUUGGCCGACGAAGCGAACAAGCUGCCUUUCCCUGGCAUCCUGCCAUGGCUGGAACACGUGCAGGGCCUCUCAAGGGGACGAGAUGGCUCUGGCUUCGGAUGGCUUCGGGAUGUGGUGCUGCAGUUUUGCACACUCCCGCGAGAAGGAGGUGAGACUGGAAUAUGGAAAACCUGGAAAUAUCUGAGUGGAACCGCCAGUACCAGGGAUGGCAAGCCAUGUGUAUCACCGUGCUACGAGCAGAGCUACGUGCCGCACGUCGCCUGCCGCCAGUGGCGCUUGGCGGUGGACAUCAUAAAGGCUCAGCCAUUCCUCGAAAGGGGUGAUGGUCCGAUUGUGCUGGUGCUCGCUCCCACACGAGAGCUGGCAGUCCAGAUCCAGGAGGAGAGCAAUCGAUUCGGGAAGAGUUCGCAGAUCAAGAACACCUGCUGUUAUGGCGGGGUGGCACGAGGUCCUCAGCAAAAGGAUCUCCGCGACGGAGUCGAGAUCGUGAUCGCCACCCCAGGGCGGCUGAUCGAUUUUCUGGGUAGCGGUGACACGAACCUCAAACGAGUCACGUACCUGGUCCUAGACGAGGCCGAUCGCAUGCUGGACAUGGGCUUCGAGCCCCAGGUCCGGAAGAUUUGCUCUCAGGUGCGACCAGACCGACAGACACUGAUGUGGAGUGCCACCUGGCCCAAAGAUGUCCAGAAACUGGCCCGCGACAUCUGCCGAGAGGAUCCUGUGCAUAUCAAUGUGGGUGCCAACGAGCUACGCACAGCGCACACGAUCCGGCAGUUUGUCGAGGUGGUUCAGGAAAGCGACAAGCGAUCACGACUCAGAAGAUUGCUCGAGAAGGUAAUGGACGGCUCCAAGAUCCUCAUCUUCUGUGAGACGAAGAGAGGGGGCGAUGAGCUGACGAGGGAAAUGAGGACUGAUGGGUUCCCAGCCCUGUGCAUACAUGGCGAGAAGAAGCAGGAGGAACGAGAUUGGGUGAUGAAAGAAUUUAAAGAAGGAAAAAACCCGAUUCUCGUGGCGACUGACUUGGCUUCACGAGGUCUGGAUGUCAAGGACAUCAAGUACGUGAUUAACUAUGAUUUCCCCAACCAGAUCGAGGACUACGUUCACCGAGUGGGUCGAACUGGUCGUGCUGGAGCCACAGGUUCGGCCUACACCUUCUUCACGUCUGACAAAGCGAAGCACGCGAAGGAUCUCAUAAGCGUGCUGAGAGAAGCCAGCCAACAAGUGCCAGAGGAGCUCGAGAAGCUCGCGCAGAACAGCUGGGGACGACGAUAG